CCCCCACACACACAUACAACGUAAACACCAUUCAUUCAUUGAGUGCACAACAAGGCGGGCGAAAGGGGUGCACAAAAUCUGACUCGCUCACACACUCAAAGACGAAAAGAAAAGAAGAGAGCCCCUGACUUUACCCGACCCGAGCGCUAUGCUUUCACUCACGUACACACAUAUAUGGAUUGGAUGGAUGUGGCAUGCUUGUGGGUGGCAUGGAAUGGCAUGGAAUACAGUGGGUGGCAUGGUAUGUAUGGAUGGCGGAAAACGUCCUGUGUGCACGGACCUCAAGGAGAAAAGGCAGGCAGGCAGGCAGGCAGGCAGAAAAGAGGAAGGGAGAAAGGAGGAAAGGAACGAUAAGGCGCUGGGCACUCAUUCACUGAUGGGCAGGGAGCGGGCGAGCGGCAAAGGGAAAAAAAGGGAUGCCGCCGCUAAACCUGCCACACACACGGACCUCGUUCGACACGCCACUCACUCACUAGGCACUCACUCAUUCACUCAUCAAGGAAGGAAUCGGGCAACCAGUCAACGAAAAACCCUCUUUCUUCUCCUUCUCCUCCUCUCCACUCCACUGAGUGACUGCAUCGAGAUACGUGUUUAUGUACAGCAUCGAUCGCUGCAGUGCUCUCUCUCUCUCUCUUGCCCUCAUCUGUCGCAUAUCAUCUAUCGCAUAUCAUCAUUCCCCUCAGUCAGAUUUGAAAGGCAGGCUAGGCUAGGCACAGGGCAGACACCAGGGCAGGUGGGUAAUGGUUAGAUCUGAUCAUGGAGCGACAUACAUAUGCAAUGGGGUCGGCCGCACUUCUCUCCGAGAGGGGCGCCCAUCGCAUAAAAAUACACACAUACACACAGUCGGGAGGGAGGGAGACAUUGGGCAGGCGAGAGGGACGAAGGCAGACAGGCAGCAGAGAGGAGAGGAGAGGAGAGGGCCACCAGACAGAGCAGACGAUGCGCAGCAUCUCUUCUCCCAUCCAUCAUCACACAAACACGUAUGUUUGCAUUAUCGAAUUGAUAACCAGCCAGCCGGUCAGCCAGUCAGUAUGUUAUGUGCUCUCGCACACCCUUCCCACCACCUCCCACCCCCCCCCCACACACACACACACUUACACACCCUCAAGAGCGAUAAUACAUACCCCGCCCACCCCUCCCCACACACACAAGGCGUCGCGUCCACCGACAGGCAGCGAAAGAAAAACAAAGUCGACUGGCUGCAGCGGACACACCGGUGUGCGGUGCUAUACACACCACAACAGACAGACCACACAAGACAAGACAAGACAAGACAAUCCCCCCACUGCGCCCCCCCUCCCCUCAUCCAGCCGAGCUUUCCAUCAAUCAAUCAAUCGUCAUGCUAUCCAUCCCAUCCAGCCCUCCCACACAGAGAUACGCACGGGGACUGUACACCAAGGAAGAAAGGGGGGACGCGACGCUUGGCAGGGGCCUCUGUCAGUCGAAAGGUCGAAAACACGCGCACCGUCGUCAAGUCAUCACGACAGACACGGCCGCGCACCGCCAUGAAAACGACCGAUUGAUAGAUAGACAGACAGACAGAUGGAUGUGCCUUUAAAUCUACACCGGGAGAAAAGAUACACCCAAGACAGCCAGCCGACCUCCCCCUCUCAUGCCCACCUCAACGUGGACUGCCUCCUGCCCCGCCUCUCCCCGCCAGACUCUCCCCUCCCUCUAAACCGCCUUCCACCACCCAUCAUCCCCCGCAGGCCCAGACCAACCAACCCGCCGCCCCUGCCGAGCGUCCGCAGCCCAACCAAAGCUGCCGUGCCCAAUACUCGACCUGCCCCGCCCACCAGGGCCCCGCCGAGGCCCAUCUGCCUCGGCCUCUCGUCUGAUGGGGGGUAGAUCCUCUUGGACAUGGUAAUCAUGGGCGCGUCGCACUGAGAUUUGACGCCGGCGAUGCCGUCGGGGAUGAGCCUGCAGCCCCUGAUGACCUGCCCGGUCUCCUGGUAGCCGAGGGACGUCCAGAAAUGGCGCAAAGGCAUGUGAUCGAGCUCCACCUGACACAGAGACAACAUGCAACAUGCUGACCCUGUGUGGGUGGUCAAUUCCCCCUCCCCCUCUCUCCUUUGGUCUGGCUCUGGCUCACCUUGACAACGAUCUCCCUGGCCCCCCACCACUGUGCCACGGCCUCGCACUGCCUGACGAGCUCGCGACCGAUGCCUAUCCUCUUCAAUCUCGGCUCGACAGCCAGCUGGUGGAUGAAGAGCCGCUCGGGGACGAAGGGAGGGGGGGUGACGAAGGCGGGCGAGUCGCCGGAACCAUAGUCAUCGUAGGUGGUGUCGUAGUCGUCAGGGCCGGCUGACCGAUCCGAUGACACUGAUUGUGAGACGAGUGGCGGCGGCGCCUCCAUAAGAGACGACACAUUGGAGGUGGACAGCUCCACAUAGCCAAGAAACUCGCCGCUGUCGACGUGCUGACCGAAUGACAUACACACAGCACACACAGGUUCGGUGGGAUGUGAUGUGAUGCGUUCGUCUGUCCCUCCCUCCCUCUGCCUCUGUUGGUGGCUGUCUGGCGUCGUUUACGUACGUACCUCGGCCGAGAGCAGCAGGACCCUGUGUGUGUCUGUGGGGUGCUCCGUUCUCCUGUGCGCCGCCCUGAACCUCUCGUAGAGCUGGUUGGCCGUGUUCUGGCUGACAAAACCGGCCAUAAACCCAGAAGUGUGCCCGCCCAGCGUCCGCACUGCCAGCGAUGUGGCCUUCUUAAGCUCUCGACCAUACAUCGGCCUGAAUGAAUGAAUGAAACACACAGACACAUACAUGCCACGCCACGCCACAUGAGAUGAGAUGGAAACCGCACCCCAGUCUAGUCUCGCCGACUCACUCACUCACCUGACAGUCAGAUAAGGCAGCGAGCCGUCCUCCUCUAUACCAAAGUUGGCAGUGGAGGGCAGCUGAGGCGUCACGGCCAGCAUCGCGGGUGUUAACCGAAAUGCUGAAACCUGCCUGACGGUGCGGCCAUUGAGACGGAAGCAGUCUGCCUGGUGCGUCAGGAUGGAGUAGAGCAGGCAGACAAGAGCGACGGGCAGUAUCAUGUACGUAUGUAGGGGGCGGGCAGGGGAGGGAGU